GCGGGGGUGGCGCGCGCAGGCGUGGUGCGGGCGGAGGGGAAGUGAGGCGGGCUCGCGCGGCGCCUUUUCCGGCGGUGCUGGCUGAGGGAGCGGCGCGCAGCGGAGCCGGCCCGAGCCCGCUGGCGGCCCUCAGGCAGGACGAGGAGCCGCCGCCCCUGAGCCGGCAUCCAUGAGCUGAGCUGCCGGGGCGAGAGCCAAGGCAGGAGCCGGGCGGAGCCGCCGCCUCAGGCCCGGCGGAGGAGCGAAGCGUGGCGCGGCUCCUCUUCCCACGGCGCCCGGGCUUCACCGCCUCGCCAGGCCUCCCCUCACCACCCUUCCCGCCCCGCUUCUUCCGCAGCCGCCCCAUGCGCGUCCGGCGCUGAGCCCCGUUUGCCCUUGCCCCGACACCAUCCUCCCGUGCGGACCGGUCCUGCUCUGGUUCGGCCCCCGCCCCGCGCGGGCUGCUCGGGAGGGUCGGCGUUAGCCCUCCGCUCCCCCACCCCGCACCUCGGAGGCGCCGGGCCCCUUGGAUGCCGCCGAGAUGGGCAAGGUGCUGUCCAAGAUCUUCGGUAACAAGGAGAUGCGGAUCCUGAUGCUGGGUCUGGACGCGGCUGGUAAAACCACAAUCCUGUACAAACUGAAACUGGGCCAGUCUGUCACCACCAUCCCCACCGUAGGCUUCAACGUGGAGACGGUUACUUACAAAAACGUCAAGUUCAAUGUGUGGGAUGUCGGGGGCCAGGACAAGAUCCGUCCCCUCUGGAGGCACUAUUACACGGGCACGCAAGGGUUGAUCUUUGUGGUGGACUGCGCCGAUCGUGACCGCAUCGACGAGGCCCGCCAGGAGCUCCACCGCAUUAUCAACGACAGGGAGAUGCGGGACGCCAUCAUCCUUAUCUUCGCCAACAAGCAGGACCUGCCUGAUGCCAUGAAACCCCAUGAAAUCCAGGAGAAACUGGGCCUGACCCGAAUCAGGGAUAGGAAUUGGUAUGUGCAGCCCUCCUGUGCUACUACGGGGGAUGGACUUUAUGAAGGGCUGACAUGGUUAACAUCCAAUUAUAAAUCCUAAUGAGAGAACAACUAUUUAGUCUACAAAGAAUUAAAGAAAAAACCCACAUGGCUUUCCAGAAUAAUGAUUCUCUACUGAAAAGUAAAACAAAAGUAUCCAUAGGAUUAUGAUCAACUUUCUCCAGUUACCACCCUUUCCUUCUGCAGUCACGACUUGGAUGGAUUCCUGUUUUAAAUCUUGCUCACGACUUGACUGGAUUCCUGUUUUAACUCUUCUUGCUUGGCGUUAGGAUGCUCUAAUCUCCGAAUGUGACACGAACACAAGCACUAGAUGCUAUGGCAGACUUCCAGCAAACAGGGGAAAGACACAUUGUAGACUUGCUAAGUAACCUUUUUUUUGUGUUUUCCUCUUGAUAGCCCUUAAGAUGGUUUGGUUAUUUUGGGGAUGGUUGGGGGAGGGGUACCAUUUUCAGUGUAUGCUUUCUGGUUCUACUUUUUUGAUUAUAUUUUUUUUCCUUCUGUCAUUUGCUGUAGAUUGCUACUUUUUUGCAUUCAUGCAGAAUAUGUUGAUAGGUCUGCAUCAUCUAGUAAACUGAAAAUUAUGGCUUAAAAUCAAACUGUAGUCUGUCUUUUUAUAUUAAGGACUUUUUUUUAAAAAAGUUCUGUUAACUUGCAACUAUAUAGUGACUCUCAGCCUGUCUUCUCAUCUCAGACUACUAAUGAAACGAAUCCUUGCCUCAGUGGCAGAUAGUGAGAAUACCAUUGUAACAUGUUCAAAGUGCAUAUCAAGUAUAAUGUUUGCUAGGUAAUGUAAGAACUGCUUUGAAAUGUCAGCUGUGAAGUUCUGAACCAUACAUCAUGCAUGAGAAAGGAUGCAAAUAAGUUCCCCAUACUACAUAGCAAUCAUAUAGCAAAUAAGACAUGAAUGAUGUAAUAGUUCCAGGGUAGAUACUGUUCAGUUUUCUUCUUGCAUUGCAGACUUAAGCAAUGUUUAGCUGCAGUUUUUACUACUCAUGUCAGUCUCCAAUUCAAUGCAAGAUAGGUUCCUUCCAGAAAAUGCAGCAAUAACAUGUCAGCAUGUAAGCUAGUUUUACUCCAGAUUGCAGAUGUGUAGGCAAAAAUCUAGUAAUGACUUGCCUGUCUUGUGAUCAAGACAAAUGGCUUUCAUCUCAAGGCAGCUGAAGACAUCUAAAUAUUAAAAAGAUUUCUUAUUCUUUCUGGCACGCACAUAGCAGAGAGGUAAGUUUUGGGUUGGAUUUUUUUUUUCCAUUUUGUAGACUUGUGAAGGGGCAAGUUCCAUGCUCAGCUUUAGUUGAGCUCAGUAAUUCUGACAUCUGAAUAAUAACCAUUUCAUGGAAAUAGUUACUGGUUUAGUUUUCCAAGACUUGACUGAACUCAUGCAAGUAGUUGCAGUCUUUGCCAUCUGUCUCAGUUGUUGCUGUAGUCCUGUAGGAAGGGAACUAUGUUGGAUGUCUGCAGCCCAUUGAGUAGCUACUAAUGAGAGCUGGGAGGGGAGAGAGUAUAUGACUAUGAAUGUAAACUUCCAUAAUUAGUUCCUAAAGGGCAAACAGCUCAUUUGCCAUAUCACAGUUUGCAGAUGUGACUGGCAAAAAAACCCACCCAGAACAAGUAUUAGUAUAAAAAAUCAAGCAUUAAUGCUGGGUGCAAAAAAUGUUAAAGCAGCUGGUUCUUAUUCAGCCUUAAGGAUUAACUUCACAUUUCCUCAAGGAGUUAAACUCAAUUGGGGAAUUCUAGGAAUGUAUGCUACAAAACCAGAAGAAAAUGGCUUUUUGUUUGUUUGGGUUUUUUUUCCCCCCCAGGGAUAUGAGUUUUACAUGAAAUUGGGGGCAUUACACUACAUUACAGCAGUGUUGACUCUGCAUGCUGAGUACAUUGUAUAUGGAGCUCUUACCAAAGAUGUAUAGGAAGAUAAAAAUACUGAAUUCUCUUCUGAAAUGAAAUGCUUUGGACCACUUAAAAGUUCCUUUAGAAUAUGGUUCCAAAAGACUUACCUUGAUGUGGGUUGCAAAUGGGACUGAAUGGGUUCUUGACACUGGAAGACAGAGCAUUGAUUGACUGUAAGCCUUUGUGAGUUAGAGUCUGUUAAAGAUUGAUGUAGAAUAACUGCAAUAUCAGGUUUGAAGAAGAGGAGGUGAGGGAUUUUUUCCACUCAAGGCUUUUUGCCAUUGGAGUAUCAUUGCUCUAUUUUCUAGCUGCCGGGUUUUUUUUCUUUUUUUCUUUUCUGUUGAUGUAACUUAACAAAUAGCGUGGUGGUAUAAAGACUAAAAAUACAAGAAUAUGGUUACUGUUUUCUUCUGGAGCAUAAAUAAAAUAGCCAAGCACAAAGUUAAUGCCUAAACUGGAAAACUUGAAGCUGUAUUAAUGGUUCUUGAACUUUCUUAAAUCUAUUCUCAGUCAACAUAGAAACUUCAAUAACUUCAUUCUUCAUCUAAGUUGUUUUACUACAUUUUCAAGUGCUGGGGCAGACUUCUUUGCUAGAAUUUGCAUUAAGUUGAAUUCACAGUUUUGUAUUUUCUUAGUAACUUUGUUAUUCUGUUUUUUAGGUGAAAGGAAACUGAUUAAGCUUCUGAUUUUUUUUAAUGUCUUUUUUGGGGGGUGUUGUGGGGGGAGAAAAAGUUACUGAACCAUGUGGUAAAGAUAUCAAAAAUAAAUUGCCAUUGCUACUGAACAAAGUAUAAAGGUUUCACCUUCAACAUGUCCUUUAUAGGUUGUAGCUGAACCUCACCACGAACUAGUGGCUCUUGGGCAGUGAACAUAACCUUUAGGAUCAAGUGGCAAUCUGUAAGAAAUUCUAUGAUUUAAAAACUGAUCUGGAUUUUAAAGUGCAUCAAUCAAUUUGUGUUCAUGUGAAUUUAUGGAGUAAGUUUUGAAUGGCGUUAAUCAUGUCUGAUAAGUGAAUGAGUCUGUAGACUGUGAUCUCCCUGACUAAAGUAAACAGGAAUUUUGUGUUCUCAAUAUGGCUGUAGUGUUGGUAAAGAACUAAUAAGCAGAAAAUAAAGCAAUUAUACAGCA